UCGGCCCGCUGCAGACGCCAUUGAACGUUGGCGCAACCCUGGAAGGAGAAGGCAAAAUAUUUUUGUUUUUUCCCAUCAUCCUGGUUCUGUUUAGUUAUCAUUUUGUUUAAGUUUACCAUCGUAAGCCUUAGCUUAGCAGUAGCAGUAAGCCACAGACGUAGCAAAAGACGUAUGAGAUGAUUCCGAGAACUAAAGUGUUUGUAGGCAGCCUACCGCCAGCGACCAAGCCGGAGGAGGUACGCCGGUUGUUCGAAAACUAUGGCGUGGUGACCGAAUGCGACGUAAUGAACAGGUGCGCGUUCGUGCACAUGCAAAAUCAGGACAUGGCGGAGAGUGCCAUCCAGGCGCUGCACAACACGACCUUCAAGGGUGUGACGAUCGUGGUGGAGCGCGGUCGCGUCCGCGAGAGACCGCCGGGUGGUGUGGGCGGUGUGGGCAUGGAUAGCUCGCGCGGUCGCCCCGGCGCUGGACCGAUGCGUGGUUCUCGCGGCGGUAUGAGGAGCCAGCCAUACGGUACUGCCGCUGGUUACGGGGCUGGACGUGCUCCGGGAGGUUAUGGGCCUCGUGCAAGCUAUGGCACUGGAAGCCGCUACGAUGGCGGCUAUAGCUAUAGGAGUGACGUCGGGUACAGUUCCUCGAGCAGUCCGUACGGAUACGGGUACAGCAGCAAUGGAGGCGGGUAUGGCAGUACGCGCCAUGCAAGCAGCGAAGAUCGGCGUGGCUUCACACUGCCAUCCUAUCCGGCCGAUCAGAGCAGGGGAUCAUACGGCAGCAGUUAUGAUGGAUAUUCAAGCUACGAUAGCUACAGCAGCUACGGUUACGAUACCUCACAGGGUGCGUCCAGCUACCAGCGGUGGCCCUCUUCGGCAAAUUCGGCUGAUAGCUACUCGUAUGCCAGCGGAUACUCCCAAGGGCCAUCGGAUGGAAGUGCUGUUGCCCAGAGCACAGAUUACAGUCAGGGUUAUCCGCCAUUGAGCGGUGGUAGCUCAUCCGGAUACCGUGCAUCUACAACCGCAUCGGCACCGCAAUCCUAUCGUAGCUCCGUCUCCGGGUACGGACCACCAUCGUCCGGCAGAAGGUUUUGAGAAGAUGCCAAGGGAAUACUAGUGGCCCCGGAGGAGAAGAGGAGUGCUGUUGUGCAUCGUACUGCAGCGUGGCAGCGAUGUUCAGUUUAAUUCGUGAGACCAACUCACGAUUGCCACAGUUCUUCAAUCGGUUCCGGAUGUGAUGAUGUCGCCAUCAUUGAGGCCAAUCUAAGUGUACUCCUGUCGCCCCCUCAUCAUGCAAGCAAAAAUAGCACUGCACUCAACGUCGUCAUAAUCAUCAUCAUCAUCGUCGUCGUCAGCUACAAUUAUCACAAAAACGAAAUCUGUUUUAGCAAGACAAAGUUUUUUGGAAACUAAUUAAUAAUGAACGAGAUACUACCAACAACAGGUCACACACUCAGUUUUAACGCAAGUGUAGGAAACGUUUCACACUAUUCGUACUAUUAAGUGUUCUGAAAUCAAUUGCAGAAUAACAUUCAAUGCGCCAAUAGUUUCGUUCAGAACCAACAAUAGCCCGAUAUCAGUUUCAGAGGCAGACAUCUGUGCAAAAGCUCGUGCAAAUACCGUAUUAAAGUGCAGGGCAGGAGAGUAGAGGAUAGCGUAGUGCAAACAAGAACGAAAAUGAUGAAUAUUGUAGUAAUUAAUGACAGGCGACGGCGACAGGAGCUGGAAGAAAGUUUAGAAUUCGCGACCGGACACUCCUCCAGAGCGAGAUGUUUUUUUUCUUCUUCUUUCUUUCUUCGGAUGAGAACUUUCUGAAGAUUAUUCUCUAUUAUAUUUAUAUAUAUACAUAUAUACAUAACAAACGAACUUUCUUAUAUUUACGAAAUCUGAAUGCAGAAGGCUGGAACCAAAGCACAUUGCAAUCCGUGCGAUGGUAAGGCUCAGUCUGCAACAAACAUCCACAAACAAACACACACCCCUCCUUCACAUACAAAACUCACUCGAACACGUUGUCCUACACAAACUACUUUUUUGAUAUAGUGUAAUAAAAUCGAAAUCAAUCAACUGAUCAACUUACUGUUCAUCUGGCAAAAGAGAUAAUCUGUUGUUUUUUUAAGUAAUAUAUUUUCAUGUAGUUUUACUGUUUAACCUUCUCGUAGUCCCUUGUUCG